AUGCUCAUCAAACUCUCCACUGUUGCCCUCUUCGUCGCUUCGACUGCGGUCGCAUUCCCUUCCUGGGGCAACUCUGACAACCUCGCCCCCGUCAUUUCCUCAUCCAACGCCGAUGUCGUCCCCGACUCGUACAUCGUCGUCUUCAAGGAUGGCGUCCAUGCCAACGACCACUCUGCCUGGGCUGCUAACCUCCACAAGCGUGACUUGACCACCAACGGUAUCUGGGACAACAUCUCCAGCGGUGUUAAGCACGUCUAUGAUAUGGGUUCCUUCCAGGGCCUCGCCGGUCGCUUCCGUCCCGACGUCCUUGAUGAGAUUCGCAAGCACCCCGACGUCGACUACAUUGAGCGCGACCAGCUUGUCUAUGCUUCCGAGAUCAAGAUCCAGACCCGCGCCCCCUGGGGUCUCGCCCGUAUCUCCCACCGCAAAGCAUUGACCCUCGGCACCUUCAACAAGUACGAGCACAACCCCAACGGAGGAGAGGGCGUCACCGUCUUUGUCAUCGACACCGGUGUCAACAUUGACCACAACGAGUUCGAGGGUAGAGCCAAGUGGGGUACGACCGUCCCCGCCAACGACCCCGAUGCAGAUGACAACGGUCACGGUACUCACUGCGCCGGAACCAUUGGCAGCAGAGCCUAUGGUGUCUCCAAGAAGGCCAACAUUGUCGCUGUCAAGGUCUUGCGCUCCAACGGAUCCGGCACCAUGGCCGACGUCAUUGGAGGUGUCGACUAUGCCAUCAAGCAGCACAAAGCUCUCGCCGAGAAGCAGGGCAAGAAAUACAAGGGUUCCGUCGCCAACAUGUCACUCGGAGGUGGCAAGUCCCGUGCCUUGGACGACAACGUUGCAGGAGCUGUUGCUGCUGGUCUUCACUUUGCCGUUGCCGCUGGUAACGACAACCGCGAUGCCUGCGACUACUCCCCCGCCGGUGUUCCUGCCGCCGUCACUGUCGGUGCCUCAUCCUUGGAUGACUCGCGCGCCUACUUCUCCAACGUCGGAAAGUGUGUUGAUAUCUUCGGACCUGGAAAAGACAUCGAGUCGACCUGGAUUGGCUCCAAGUCUGCCAAGCGCACCAUCUCUGGAACAUCGAUGGCUUCCCCUCACGUUGCUGGUUUGAUCGCCUACUACUUGUCGCUGGCCCCCGCCUCGGAAUCGUCCUUCAACUCUGGUGCCUACACCCCUGACGAGAUGAAGAAGUUGCUCAUUUCCCGCGGUACCCGUGAUGUCUUGUCCGAUAUCAAGGGCGACACCCCUAACGUCUUGAUCUACAACAAUGCCGCUGAGGACAAGGAGAAGUUCUGGGCUUGGUAA